AUGGAGACGCCCAUCCGCAUUACCGUUCUGAUAUCCGGCAAUGGAUCCAAUCUUCAAGCGGUGAUUGACAAGGCCAGCGCCGGCCAGCUGGCCGCGACCAUCGUCCGAGUCAUCUCGAAUCGCAAAGAUGCCUACGGCCUCGAGCGAGCAAGAAAAGCAGACAUCCCUACACAAUAUCACAAUCUCGUCAAAUAUAAGAAGCAGUAUCCUUCGACCCCCGAAGGAGUUCAGGAGGCACGAGAAGCCUACGACGCAGAAUUGGCGAGACUCGUCCUCGCCGAUAGCCCGGAUUUGGUCGCUUGCUUGGGUUUUAUGCAUGUGCUUUCAUCGAAGUUUUUAGAGCCUUUGGAGACGGCAAAGGUUAAAAUUAUUAACCUUCAUCCUGCUUUGCCGGGGGCUUUUAAUGGAGCUAAUGCAAUCGAGCGGGCUCACGCUGCCUGGCUGAAGGGCCUGAUCGACAAAACAGGCGUGAUGAUCCACAACGUGAUCUCAGAGGUUGAUAUGGGCAAACCAAUUCUAGUGCGAGAAAUUCCAUUUGUAAAGGGAGAGGAUGAAGAUCUCCAUAAGUUUGAACAGAAGGUUCAUGAGAUUGAAUGGGGUGUCGUAAUUGAGGGCGUGCAGCUCUCGAUCAAGGAACUGAGGGAAGGAAAGUAA